GAAUUAGCGCUCUUAUUAAAAAAGCGGGAAAUAUAAUUGUUAAUUGUUAUUAAACUAAGAGUUAUGGAAACCCCAACGGGACAUGCAGCACGAUCCACUCGCAUCGCCACGCCUCGUCUUUCGGAGCGCAAGAAACAAUUGUUUCGUAGUCGCAGCUGUAUACUAGAUCAGGUAGAUGACGAUGCUGAUGUUGAGGAUCCACUGCUGGGCUUAACUCCUCUGAAACCUAGACACCAACAUAAAUAUACCAGAGACGCUGAGAUGCCAACUAAUGUGCGGAAUCUGUUUGAUAAAGGUGCCAAGAGAGAGGGACAUGGAAUGCGUAUGCUGCGCAGUAGCACCAGCAGUUCACCCGAGACAAAUAAGGAAAACAAGAUCGCAUCCACGACACGUGGCUCUGGUGUAUCCGUGGGUUCGGAUGAGCAAUUGCCUCAUUUGUUUAACACCACAAUGCGCAUCAACAGCACAAGUAGCACCUCCACAAGCCAUAAUUCUAGUCCACGGACGCCUAAAACACGAAAAUCCAACGUAGACUCGGACACUGAUAAAUCUCCCACUCCUUGUCAAGCAACUAAGCGUUCCCACAAGUUAACGGAUAUCAGAACAGUUGAGUCCUCACCGGAGUCACCUCAGUGCAAGCAGCGCAAGAUGCAAAGUGAAUGUAUUCCAACAGUGGCGUUUUAUUCGCACGCUGCCACCUCUCGCGCUGCUCAGCGCCAAUCAGCCGCAUCACAAUCCCAAUCAGCACGCAAAAGCCAGCAGCAACGUGCCGCUAGAUCAAGGGUUAUUUCGCCCACAUCUCGUCCAAGGCUGGGCAUUAAUAGGGGCGUGGCUCACAAGAUUCGCAAGCCACAACGUCCCUACGGUGGAGUUACAAAUUUUGACGACAUUUUGAGCUCAUUGCGCAAUGAGAAGCUUCGCCUGUUGAUUACUAACAAGCGGGAAGAACGUGCCAAGGUGGAGGAGGUGCACGAAACGAUGCGCCGCGCCAAGGAUCCCAUUAAAAUGGCCAAGCCCCUAAGCACUAUGGCCUUAGACGACGACAACAACAACGAUAAUAAUAAUAAUAAUAACAGCAAGGAAGCCUUAUCACUUUCAGCCUCGUCGACAACAAACGACUUUUCCGAUCUCAGCGAUGACGAGUUGUGUGAAACGAAUUCGAUUUCUACGGCCAUGGAGCUGGAACCGGUUAUUCCAUUAAUCCGUCAUGAAGCAGAUACUUCUCCAAAGGCGGACGCCGAGGACUUGAGCAAGCGCAAAUUUUUUAAGUCCGGACGGCGCAGUAGCACCUGCAUGGAGGUACGGAUAACGGGGAAUAUACGUGCCACUGUCAGCCAGGGCAAGAUUUCAUUGGUGGAGGCCCCGGUGAAGAGGCAGCGACAAGUGCGCGUCAAAUCGGCAACGAUAUUCUCAGCGGAGCAGGCCACCGUGGAUGCGAUAAUACGUAAUAUGGAUGAUACCGUUGUAGAUGAGAUUGUUGAAUCAGCACCAUCAGUUGAAUCAGCGCCACAAUCGACGCCAAUGCCCAGUGUGAAAAUGGAGCAGGUGACGUUGCCGCCAGAUCCUUAUGCAAAGUAUCGUCAGCAAUUACCCUAUCAGACGAACGAUCCCGCAAUUAUCGAACAGCAAACGUUGCUGCUCGAGUUUUUAAUCACUAACAACAUUUGCACAGAUGACAACUUUGAAAUAUUCAUAGCUGAUCCAGAAAAUCAUCAGGAGGAGGCCGCGCGCAUUGUCGAUCAUCUCUAUAAGGUGGUCAAUGCGGAGCAGCAAGAGCUGCAAGUACCUGAGUGCGACAAUGUAAUAGUUAAUAAGGAGACGCCUUCCGAAAAGCCGCCUGCGGCUACUGAGCCUACACCGGCCACUGAGUCACCUUCGGCCACUGAGCUAGCUCCAGCAACUGAGCCAACAUCGGCCACUGAACAACCUCCGGCCACUGACCAAACGGCGGUCACAUUGUUUCCCAUAUUCACACAGCGUCUGCAACCGUUGCAACAAAAGGCAACUCGUCGCAAAUUGGAUGCCAGAGCACGUUUGAUGGCUGUUGCCAGUGGUGCCAAUCAGUUCCAAAUCGAUGCCGGGCAAAAGGCCUUUGGUGCCCGCCAGUGUCAGCAGUGUGGAUUAGUAUAUACCGUCCACGAGCCCGAGGAGGAGCAAUUGCAUCGUGAAUAUCACGAUUCUGUGAAUGUGUUACGUUUCAAGGGCUGGAUAGAUGAGGACAUUGUGGCCGUCUAUCCGGACUGGGCGGCCGAUGGACGCAUUGUGAGGCUAAAUGAACUAGCGCCAGCUGCCCGCUUGCAGCGUCUCAGAGAUCUUAUUGGUGUGGUUGAUAAGGAACUGGGCUACUCCUCGUAUAUUGUGCCAAAGACAUUUGUUGCCUACUUUGCCGUGCGCAAGCAGCAAAUCGUUGGUGUGUGCCUUGUCCAGCCACUGGAGCGGGCUCAUCGCUUUAUUCAAGUCGAUGGCACCGACUACUUUAGUGAGGAGACUUUUGAGGCCAGUUGUGGACUGUCGCGCAUUUGGGUCUCACCAUUUCAACGUCGGAAGGGGAUCGCCAGUAAAUUGCUCCGCGCUGUGCAAUCUCACACGGUGUUGGGCAUUGAAAUAUCCCGUGAUCGCAUUGCAUUUAGUACGCCGACAGAUGAUGGACGUGCUUUCGCGCGUCAUUUUACGCAGAAUGACAAUUUUCUGACUUACGACCAGUAAAAAUUGCUCCAUUUUGGCUAUUGAAUAGUUUGAAAAUGGGUCUCGUUGGUUAUUGUUUGCUACCAGACAUAUCGUAAGUACCAAUAUA